AUGAACUGUGUCGCUGGUCCAUCAAGGGCUGUUGCCCGUAGGCAGUCGAGUGCUCUUCGACACUACACCUCAUCGGCAGCGACACAAACUGCUCCAAAACCCAACCCUGGCAAAUACGCCGCCUUUCUCCCAGCAGACCAUCCCGACGCCCAUGACUCCAACAGCACCGCUCGCAGAAUCCUCGCCGCUGCAACUCAUGGCAGAUCUGGUACAUGGGGAUACAGACCGGCAUAUGAUAGAGGGAUGCAACAGCAAAUGACGCUGGAAGAACUCGCACGACAGGGACAGUCACGACCGCACCCAGAACAGCUCGAAUUCGAAGAGGCUGUCCCGUCAGGGCUAGAGGUAAACGGCGAUGGUUCGUUGGACGACGACUCGUUGGACGCGAUUCCAUUGGGAUCAAUUUUAGAGCUGCGAAGAGGCGGUUGCUCGUAUCACGGGUGUCUCCUAGGUCGCGCCGUUGUUCCAAUGACAGGCAGACCCGUAAUGCGUACAAUCACCCCAGCUGGAUUUCUGCUGUCGCACAAUCUACACGACGUAUUCUUCACUGUACCAGAAUACUUCCCGAAGCAACUCGUGCUCGGAUGUGGAGCGGACGACUCGCCGAAAACUCGGGUGCAAGAAAACUCUCGGCUCGCAAUUAUACGUCGCCUGCUAGAGCUCACCAAAGAUGUGGAACGUCAAAGCAACCAAAUCAGGAGCCGUGCCAAUCGACUGCAUGAGCUGUUCCGUUCCAAGGAUCCAGACGGUUGGUCUGCGCUAUCCGUGGUGGACGCGGCCAGGUUCAUCGACGGCACCAAUCCAGACCGUAUCCCGUCAACGAGGACGAUAUUUGCGACACAUAAGUACAUGUUUUCCAAUGAGUUACAAUUCCAGGUGGAUCCCUUACGACAUCGAGUCAGCCAGACGUAUAGCGUUCGUCCACUGAACGACGUCAACGCAGUGAGAGAUGUGAAAAACUGGGCCUUGAGUAACACGGAACACAUACCACGCUUCAUUGACAAGGCUCACACGAUAAUAAACGCGUCUCGAGCCCUACGAAGGGUAUUUGGACCGAUUGAACCAAUUUCAACACCAGACCUACCAAAGCUCAACGAGGACGACCAGAAAAUUAUCCGCGCGUUGCAGGUCUAUGCUGAGCGCACGCGUUAUCUGCAACAGGAUCCGGUCGACGUUCUGGCACAAGUUAUUAUUGGCCAAAUUGGACUGUAUGGCAAACUGUCAACUGAUGCUCGGGAUAUCGUUUCCACUUUCCUCCAAGAGCUGGGGGUCAUCACCCCCUGGAAGGAUCUGACGGAGAACCGUAUCCUUGUUCCGCGACGGACUCAGCAGCAGCAGGAUGCCUUUGAAGCCGAUGGGAAAAGGAUGCUCGAAUUGCACGACACCGAGUUGAAGAAACGAGAAACCGGUUCCAAGGACGAGAAGCGUCUAUCCGAAGUGCUCACUACAACUGACUUUUGUCCUGAUGAUGACUGUGCGCACAUCCGGCACGACUUUGGCCAGCUCCCCGUGUUUGUUAUCGAUCAAGUGGACGCGCAAGAGCUAGACGACGGUCUGUCGGUGGAAGUGAUACCGGGGAGCACUGAUGUGUGGCUGCACGUACACGUGGCUGACCCAACACGCCUGCUCCAUCCAGACAACGUCUUCUCCCGUGAGGCACGAAACCGAGCAGAGACGAUCUACCUGGUGGAGCAGACGAUCCCGAUGCUGCCACGGUCGCUCGCUAUGGCAGGCAUGACGCUUGAACCUGGGAAUCCGCUGUGCACGUUGACAUUCAGCGCGCGGGUGUCAGAGGAUGGCGAUAUGACCGAUCUGCGAGUGCAGGCUGGUGUCAUCCGCAACGUGGUGCGCAUUACGUACAACCAGGUGGACGCGCUACUGGGUUAUACCCCGAAACCGAAGAGCGAGAUCCUGAAAGCGCUGUCUACCGCGCCUGUCUCUGCCACACCUGAUGCCCCACCCGCCGAUGUAUCAGUCGAUAUUAUCAAGCUACUUUACGCCACAACAGAGAAAGUGAAACGCCGGCGACUAAAUCGAGAUUUCUUUGCGCGCGGGGACGCCACACUCACCGCAACUGUUUACCCAUCCACGCUUCCUACGAACGUACGCGUACCUGAUCAGCCACACCUAUGGCACGGAUUUCCCAAGUUUGAUCUCAACUUAGAAGCACUAAGCAGUAUGGGCCCCGGUCAGUCCCUGGUCCAGGAGUCCAUGAUCGCGGCGGGGCGGAUUGCGGGUCGGUGGGCAUAUGAGCGCGGGAUCCCCCUCAUCUACCGCACUGCACAGUCCCCCAUCGCUCCCACUGCAGAAGCGGUUGCGGAGGCGCUGGACCUGAGAGAUGCACACAAUAUUGUGGCCUCUACCGAGCUCACCAGGCUUGGAAUCUCCAAUGUCGGAGCGCGAAACGCGUCCGAGCCAGGGAGGCACUUUCCCCUCGGCAUUUCCCACCUUGAGGGUGGGUACGCGCGCGUGACGUCCCCCUUGAGGCGGUACUCGGAUCUGGUGAACCACUGGAUGCUCAAGAGUGCACUGCGCGUGCCGAACCUGACCAGUCUGCCCUUUGACAGGGAGACGGUGACGGUGAUCGCGCAGGAGAUGAAUUACCGCUCGAGGAUGCUACACAAGCAGGAGGUGGCGAACCAGCUGCUCUGGACCAUGCGGGCGCUGAACCAGGCGCUGGUGACAGACGAAAACCCGGUUGCAAAGGAGAUGCUGCAAGGGAGUGUGCGCGGGAUCGUUUCGAAUAUGGUGGUAUCCGAUGGCCGGCAUUUGGUCCAGUCAAUGGAAGUGUACUUGCCCGAUCUGGGGCUCAGAGGGUCGAUGCAGUCGCUAUCGCAGGACGAACUGAAGGACGUGUGGCCUGGAGCUGAAAGGCAAUUCAGGAUCACCGAAGUGAGGCUUUCGGGUACCCCUUUCAUGGGAUGUGAGUUUGUGGGCUAGUAGCCGGAUAUCGAAGUAGAUAUUGGAGGGAGCAUCGAUGACCCGAUGAGCGAUGCGGUGAUAUGGAUGCAUAAGUAUGGUAUAUUCUACAUUUCUGCAUUUGAGAAUCCAUCCCCACUUAGACCGAACCUAAUGUAGCUGAAGAGCAGAUUUCUGU